AUGCAGCACACCACACUCGGUCCGGACCGGGACCUGGACCUGGAUUCAACACCAGAGUUAGGCAGAGCUAUCCUCAGUGCAGAGAACCCUGACGAGCCUUACCUGGACGACAUCAGCUACAACUGUGUGGCCCCAGGCAAACACUUCAUGGCCAUGGACAACCUGUCCGGGGGGGAGAAGGCCAUCGCCGCCCUCGCUCUCGUCUUUGCCAUUCACAGGAGACGUCCCGCUCCAUUCUUCGUGCUGGACGAGGUGGACGCCGCUCUUGACAACACCAACAUCGGCAAGGUGACAGGGUUCAUAAGGGAGCAGUGCAGGGAGAACUUCCAGGUGAUCGUCAUCUCGCUCAAAGAGGAGUUCUACUCCAGAGCAGACGUACUGCUGGGUGUGUACUCUGAGUCUGGAGACACCAUCUCCAGUCGUGUGCUCUCCAUAGACCUCACCCCCUACCCCCUGACUGAGGACACCCUCUCACAGAGAGACAAGGAGAUGUAGACAUGCAGACACACAAGGAGAUGAAGACAUGCAGACACACAAGGAGAUGGCAGGAGAUGAAGAGGAGAUGGGGUGAAUCUCAGACAGAUGUG